AUGGCCGGCGCGGGGCCGCAGCGGCCGCGUCCGGGAGUCGGAGUCGGAGUGGUGGUGACCAGCAGCCAGCACCCUCGGUGCGUGCUCCUGGGCAAGCGGAAAGGAUCAUUUGGCGCUGGCAUGUUCCAGCUUCCCGGCGGUCAUUUGGAGUUCGGAGAAAGCUGGGAAGAAUGUGCUCAAAGGGAAACCUGGGAAGAAGCAGCUCUUCACCUGAAAAAUGUUCGCUUUGCUUCUGUUGUGAAUUCUUUUGCUGAGAAAGAGAAUUACCAUUAUGUUACCAUAUUAAUGAAAGGAGGAGUAGACAUGGUUCAUGAUUCAGAACCAAAGAAUGUGGAACCUGAAAAAAAUGAAAAUGACACUGGGGUCAUGGAUGAUCUAGGCUUCCACCUUUUACAACCUUUCCUCAUCCAAAGUUUUAUAUACCACAGACUUGAGACAAAAGAUGACUCUGAUCAAGUACCAGGGCGGCUUGGAUCAAGGGACUUCCAUGGUCGGAAGUGCACACUGCUCAGACAAACGGAAUUGCAGGAACAUUUGGCCAAUGAAGUGAAUCAGUCAAUGGAUCUAUGA